AUGAAAGAAAGAGAUGAUAAGAGUACUACGCAAAAUAGUGGUGUUUCUGUUGUGGCUGAGUCAAUGCAUUUCUCUAGUUCAAAAGACAAAAAUCCACUGUUAGCCGCUGGUUCUUAUUAUGGGGUUAUUGAUGAGAUAUGGGAAAUUAGUUACAUUAAGUUUACCGUGCCUGUUUUUAAAUGUAAAUGGGUUGAUGGUAAUAAUGGUGUGAGGGUGGACGAUUUGGGUGUCAUAUUGGUUGAUUUCAGUAGAGAGGGUUAUAAAAAUGAACCGUUUGUCAUGGCAUGCCAAGCAAAACAAGUCUUUUAUGUUUCUGAUCCGAGUGACCAACAUUGGUCGGUGGUACUCCAGGGUAAACGACAACUUGUUGAUGAUACUGAUGAGCCAAGUCUUGAUAUGUAUGAAUUUCCUACAUUAUCACCAAGGUCUCGACAUGAGGAUAUAGGCAUGGCAGAGCUUCAUCUGGUAUUUAUGGUGAAGGAGAUGGGGGUGGCGUUGCCGCUGGAUGAAAAGGACGACAGGUUCGUGGCGACGGCGGAGCCGGAGAAUUGGGUCAUGGAGUUGAUGGACUCGGAGGCAAACCCUUCUUCGUUUCUGCUUCUCAUGAAGGAUGUUUAG